UUCCGCCAUGAAGGUUGUGUGCAGCAUCGCCGUGCUAUGGAUUUACUCGAUAACUAUGUGGCACUCAGCUGGCCGCGUUUAUGCAGGGAAUUGCCUGAAGCACCACAAUCUGACCAGUGCCCAGGUGGAGGCAGUGGCUCCAUCCACUCCCGUUUCGGAUGUCCCAUUGGCCGUUAAGUGCUACAGCAGGUGUCUGAUUGCGGAUUAUUUCGGCGAUGAUGGGAAAAUCGAUCUGCAGAGGGUGGGAAAGCGAGGCUCUAAAGCGGACCACGUUAUUUUGGCUCAGUGUAAGCAGCAGUUCGAUGACGUCGCCAGUCUGGACACAUGCGACUAUCCAUACCUGAUUCUGCAGUGCUAUUUCAAGGGCCAGCAGAGCGGAAUCGCCUCGUAAUUACCCAGUCAACAAAAUGAUAAAUCAACCGCCUUGCGAUGGCAAUUACACGCGAUUGUGCUUAGUGUAAGAGCAUGAUUUCCAUAAUUAUUUGUAUACACUGAUUAAUAUUUUUAUGAAAGCAAAAAAGUAGACAUUUAUUGUUUUAAGUUUAGCUGGUUUUUAUUGAUUUGUUCGUUUAAAGUGACACACAACUGGUGGAAAUAAUGCAGUAAUAACUCAAUCGGAGUCUAAUUAUCAGAAAAUGUGCAAAUAAAUAACAGAAAAUUUAAG